CUUGGAUGAUUUUAGAAAUUAUCAGCAAUUUUUGUAUAUGAAUUUCCAUUCAUAAAAAUCAGAUACUAUCAUUAUUAUCUCCAUUUUAUUUUAUUGUUGUACUACUUAAUCUUCUAGUACCAAAGCCUAUCCACCGAAAUACACACGAAAUACACAUAACACAGUUUAACAUACUAUGGAUAUUUUCAAGUAAAACUUUUUGUAUAGAUAAUAACACAGAACUUAUAUUUUUAGUUUCACAAAAUAUACCAUAUAUAUAGAACAAAAUGCACAAUAACAUUAUUUUAUAAGCAACGAAAAAUGCGGCGAAUAUAGUUAAACGAUAAUUGCGAAACAAUAUACGCUUCAAAAUGGCGUUUCGAAGUACAGCAAACUUAUUAGAGUCGGAAUCGGCAUGGAUUGAAACUCGUCCUUUAAAAGGAAAACGUGGACGUCGUCCUAAACAACCGAAAAAGGAUGAGCGGUUGGCACACAGAGUAUUAGCUGCUGUACAACGUGGGCGUGGGGAACCUGCUUUAUAUGCCUCUACAACCAAAGGUGGCAUGAAACUUAUCUACGAAGGACAUCAUUUUCGAUUCACAUUCCGAAGGGGUCCAUACUCAAUUUUUCAAUGUUGUUAUAAGGAGAAUAUGCAGGAAUGUAAAGUUCGGGUUGUUACUGAUCAGAAACGUGUUUUCCCCCUGGAUGGAGAACAUAUCCAUUUCAUGCAGGCCACAGAUAAAAGUGUAACAUCUAUGACUUUUGAACCUGAUGGUCAUUUAGACGAUGAAGAUAGUCAGGAACAACCUGAACAAAGUGACGCCUUCGAUGAGUAUGAAUUACAGGUAACUGAUUCAGUACAGACCAAUGAGCCACGAAGAAUGGAAUUGGAUCAUUCGGAAGAGUUUUUGGCAGAGCCAAACGAUGAUACACCUGCUUCCUCCGACACAAAUGAUUUCAGAGAAAAAAUAAAGCGACGCUUGCAAAAAGCACUUUUAGGCAAAAAGAAAUAAUAUUACAAUCCGAAUCAUUUGAAAUCAAUUAUAUACAAAUGUAUAUAUUUUUAUAUUAUAGAUUAUAUAAACUUCUGUAUACAGACAUUGAAUAGCAAGUGCCUUAAGUGGUAGUAUAGUGCAUAAGAACAUGAAGAAAAUUAAUAAAAAAAAAAAAUAUAAGUGCCUAUAUACUGGAUUUUAAUAUAGUACAGGACAAGCAGCUUUGGCGGUUAUAUACAUAUACUUAUGAACUAAUAUUUUUUUCCAAUGUUUAUUUACAGUAAUGCAACAUGUACGUAACUGUGGUCCGCAAAUGUUUAUUUACAGUCGUAAGGGUGGCACUCUGUUGGCGAUAAAUGAUUUUAUUUAUCGCUCAAAUUUAAAGCGUUUUGGAAGAAAUAGUGACAAGGUAUACUGGGAAUGUAUUCACAAUCGUUCCAAAAAAUGCCGAAGUCGUUUAAAAACUAUUGGGGAUGAUCUUUACGUUACGAACGAUGUUCACAAUCAUAUAGGUGAUGGUCAACGCAUUGCUACGGCGAGACGCGCCGGUUUAUUAAUUUAUAAGAAAUUCAGUUCAAUAGGACAAAAUGUGGUAAAAUUACAAUGUAAUACGAUCUCUUAAAAAAGUUAAAUAUGUAUGUACGUUUGAAAUGUUUAAUGUUUUUAGUUUAUUUGUAUAGACAAUAUACUUAGAUAGACAUACAUAUAUUAUUUUUACAUUAAUAAACUACAGACCAUAUC